AGGCAAGCAUGAAAGAAAAUUUACGAUUGAAAAUUUCUGGGGCAUUAUUCGGGGAGUUAGAGGAGAUUACUAUAUUGCCCAAGGCGUUGGCCAAAACUGUAUGACAGACAUGGAAACAAUUUACAGGUUUGUUGGACGAAACAAAUAUUUCCUUAGCAAGGAUUGCAUAAGUUGGGUAAUGAUGCCUGUGCCAUCCCAGGCAGACAUUGAAAAAUCUAAGUACUUUAAAAUGAGAUUUACCGGUGACCCUUCUUAUGAAUUCGAACAUACAGAACUCACUCAAGUACCUGGUGAAGGCGACGAAAUCAAUGAAAAAGAACGAACGAUCACGAUGAAGGAGGAAGAUCGAUUGGCCGCCGUGGUAAAACGGAUUGAUGACGAGGUGCGCAUUGUACCCAGAGGGGCAUAUCUUAGACUUGCAAAUGGUGACAUCGUAAAGAAUAAAAUGUAUGAAGGAAUGGAGGUCGCCGAUGCAAUGAAAGCAGCUUCAUACUUUCAUUUUCGACCACCCAUCAAGUAUCCACACAAACCUCUCGAAGACAAAGUCAAGAGCGACAGAUGCAUUGACUUUCUAGAUACGAUUGAGAACGACAUACCAAAAGGUUGUUGGAUUCUGCAGUGUGAACGCGGAGGAAGCAUAAUCUUUGUCAAAAGCCUGACAUGGAUCGGCUACGUUCUCUUUCAUGUUCCACGCAGGCCAAUCUACGGCUCUCUUUACGUGGGCACGGGCGAAUACAACAUCGAUCUGCCUUUCAUGCUGUAA